CUGUCGACAGGCAGGAUACAUGGCAAAAGUUGUGCCUUAUUAAAGGAGAAACAUGUAUGUGAGACUCGCGCUAUAAACUAAAAUUAUUAGUUUACCGCCGGAAAUUGUCUCGCAAAUUAGUGUUUGUAAACAGAGGCAUAAUACGGAAUUAAGCGUACAUGUGCUUAGUUUGUAAACAACAUUUUGUUGAAGAUUCUGGUGUGGAAUUGAACAAAACAAUCGACCCAAUUUCCGACCUAGCGUUGAAAUGCUCUAAAAUUAUUCCAUACACGCGUCUUUUAUGAUUAAGUGGUGUUACAAAAUAACAUAUACAUAACUAAUUGCAAAUCAACAAACGAACCUUCAAAAACAAAACAUUGGAAUUGUUAUGUACAAUUAUCAGUUUUACAUAACACAUCCGCGUUGAACAAGUGAUACAUUUUAAAGAAACGUAAAUUAGUUAAGAUUGAAAUAGAUCAAUUAAAUUGAACAAAACUAGUAUUGACAUAGCCGAAUCAGUGAGAGACAAAAUUAUGGCGAAAGCAUUCGGCUUGUUUCCAAUACUUGUGUUUUUGUUGACUAAUCCAAUGAAAAGCAACCAAGCGAGCGCUGUUAACACCGGCUCAACAACUAACCUCUGUGAAAAAUUUCUUACCGAUAAGAAUUUCAUUUCGCUAUUUGCCGAAACGAAGGAUGCAGCAACCCCGUGCGCAUGCGCGGAGUAUGAUAUGGCGCAGGACGCCAUGUUUGAAAAGGUCGGGACUUGCUAUGAGGAAAGGCUGUUCAAUGAUGGCGCCAAGCAGAGAUGCUGUUACAGCGAAAAUGGUAAAUUGCUGACUGGAUACCGUGAUAAUCGGUUUAGUAUUUCUGAUGGAAUACAACAUUCAAUGAAUGAAAUCCACGACAGCUGUUGUAACAUUAACAACCAAUCAAGGUGCAAUGCGUUUUACGAAAUCACUCAAUCAAAUAACUGUCAGAGGCACCAGGAUCAACACGCAGCUUAUUCGUGGGGUGACCCAGUUAUCGAAACCGUUAGCACUACGUCAUAUUCUUUCAACGGACACGGAGAAUAUGUUUUCCUGAAAUCGAAUAAUACACUUGAAAUUCAGGCUCGAACAGAUUACCUGAUAGCCAAUUCAACUGAUUCGACAAUUUUUACUGCUUUUGUGUUUACGAUUUACCCACAAAAGCCGUCGAUCCAUGUUAUAUUUAACAGAACCAGUAUGAAUCUGAACCUGUACGAUAGCAAAGGUAUUUUCAAGACAAGCACUUCCUCCGUGUGUAAUCCGCGCCAACCACUUAUGACGGGAGCAUUCUUUGUAUUAUGCUCAAAUACAGCAUCUGCCUUGGGGUUCCAAAUUGCUCCCCAAGUUAAGCUAUCGAAUAUAAAGGCGCUUGUUACCCUCGACAACGAAUUCAUGAAUAUUAAAAUUACGUACUCGAAAGAACUCGCAAACAUGACAGGGUUGGCAGGAAAUGUACAAGGUGGAUUUUACGUCUCCCCUAAUGGCGCGAAAUACUCCGUUAAUAGCAGCGAGUCUUUAAUGUUCGAAUACGGGGAGACCUGGUCUCUCAGGAAUAAUAUAAACUCUUCUAAUUUCUGGUACAAUCUCACUGGAGGAGACUUCAGCUUUUUCAACAAAAAAUCGACACCUCGUUUCCUUGAAAAUUUAUUAGACGACCCCGAUGAGCUGUUUAAGAACUGCAAUAAUUCUAUGAUAUCUGCGUUUAAAAAUACUUGCAAACAUUCCUGGGAUAAUCAAACCAGCAAUGAAUGCAUGCUCACCAUUGCAAGGACGUGCAAUACCACACUUGGAAAAGCCAUUCAGGAGCAGGUUGAGAGACAACGAUACGAACUCCAAAGAAAGUCAAACAAACCACCUACUUUUAUGGCAUCAAUGCCUAAUGAAACGACGCUGAUUUAUAAAGGAUACAGCUCAUGGACCCAAAAUUUAUUAGAUCAUGUACAGGACGAAAAUAGGGCAGGUCUACGAUUUGAAGUGAAACCGAACAUAACCGAAAUGGAAAUAGUUGGUGGCGUUCUUAACUGGACAGUAGGGACAGCGUUACGGUACAUGAACCUCAGCGACAAUUCAAUACAAUUCAUAGUGUAUGAUCAAUUCAACAUGUCAGAAAGCCACAGUGUUCGUAUACGGUAUUGCGGUUGCGAAGAUCCAAGUGAAUGUGAAUUCCAGAACGAAGAUGAUGACAAUGCCGAAUGCAGAUGUCGGAAUCGUUUUGUGGAAGGAUUGUUUUGCGAAAUUAAAAUAGACCCGUGUUCUAAAUACGUUUGCUACAAAAACGACACUUGCAACACAACCUAUUCGGGGGAUGGGAGUCCAUGUGCUGUGUGUCCUCUUGGGUUUUAUGAAGAAACUCAUGGACCAAACCAAUUGUGUCGUGACCUGAACGAGUGCAACGAUGCCCGCACUCACAACUGCGACCAAGAGUGUAUUAACGACCUGGGUUCCUAUCACUGCGCAUGCAACAAUGGAUAUCAGUUGAAAGGCAACUUCACGUGUUCAGACGUGGACGAGUGUGUGCUAGGCAACUAUUCCUGCCCUAAUCCUCAUGAGGAAUGCGUGAAUCUGCCGGGGACAUAUACAUGCGGUUGUGCGUCCGGAUACAGCAAGUUCAAUACGACUUCCUUCUGUGUGAAACUAGAUGGUCUUCACUUUCUUUCCAACAUGCCAGUUGCGCCCGCUGUUGGAUCCCUGGUGGGAUCAGAACAAUCAACGGAGCAGUUAAGUGAGUGUUAUAAUAAACGGCCAGUAAAGAAACAAAAGACGUUCUCAACAAAGUCAGAAGAACUUCAGUACUGGCAGAUACAAUAUUUCAAGGGGGAGGUGGAAAAACAGGAACGGGAGAAACAACUAUUUGAUAUAAAGAUACGCAUGGUGCUGGCAGAUGAAAAGAGACGUGACCAGAAAGUUGUUGAUGAUUUCAUCAAUGGCGCAUAUUUCGAGGACUAAUUAUCAUGGUGACAUUGAGUUUGUUGCCUCAGUGGAAACUAUUUUUACUAUAUGUAAAUUAGCAAAUGUAUCAACUAUUUGACUGAGAAUAAUAGUUUUAAAUUUGCUAUUUUGCUUAAUUAAAUACAAAAUGAUUAACAUUGAUUAUUUUAAAUGUUGUUCAUUAAUAAUUGUGUUUGAUGAUACCCAUUAUAAUUAAUGUCCUUACAUAAAUUCGAGAAACAUUUUUUUCUUUAUUACACGAAAUAUCUGUUGACAAUGUAAUCACGUAUGUGUGUACCGCUUCCAUUGCCGUUCACUGAAAGAUUUAAUACUGCAUCAAUAUUGUCUUGAUUUUCAUCAGAAUCAAUGUCAGGUUCGUUGAGUUUUAUACAAAUGUUGCAUAGUAUCACGCAUGCUGUUGUUAUCUUGCAAACCUUUGACGGCGACAUUCUAACCUGCAAAUAUUGAAAUAAUAUAACUGUUAUGGGCAUAUUAAAUAUAGAAACCUUUAA